UGGUCGGCGCGCGCGGAGGGCGGAGCUGCGGGUCUCGCGCCCCCGGUUACAGACGAGCACUGCUGGGGCGGAAAGGCGUCACUUCAGCGCAAAAACACACCGAGAGAAAGAAAGAGAGAGUCAACACGCACGGGCUUCCCGUUAACCGACAAAAACCGGGAGACGAGGCGUCGAUCCGUCGAGUGUGAUUUUCCUCCGCAGCGCUGAUGGAUCUAAACGCGACCACCACCCGACCCGAGCGCGUUUCACCCCCAUCAUCUUCACCACCACCGGACCGCCGCUGAAGCAUCACCCGCCCGGCCCGAACCGAACCCGAUGCACCGCUUUAAUGCGAACAGCAGCCUCCGUCCGGUUAGAUUCACCUCCACCGUGACCCAAGCGCCUCCGCAAUGAACAUCUAGAAUAUCAUCAUCAGGCGAUGGGAUGAAAAUGAGACGUCACAGAGUGUUCCUGAUUUGCACGGUGGGGUUGUGUGUCAUUUCCUUCCUGCACUACUACAAAGCCUUGCACUAUGUGUCUCUGCUGAGGGAACUGUCUGCACCUUACCCCAAAAUCAGAUCCUUCAUCAUGGUAACGGGUUUCUUCUGGAAGGACGGCUCCUCUCCGCUGUCCAGUGCGUCUCCGGAGAAAGGUCCUCCUCUGGUCUACAGGCCAUUGGAGAUCGAGUCCCGGGUGACUGGAGGAGAUAGCGGAGAACCUGAAGCACCGCGGCCGUGGAGGAGACCUGAAGAUCCACGGCGCAGGAGCUCAGUCACUACAGAGCUUCAGAGGGGAAAUUUGGUCAUCUGGCCACCCAGUAGUCCACCCAAUCACAAGCCAGAUCCAAAAAGAGGAGAAAGUCCUGCGAGAGUCGUAGUGAAAAAUCCCCAGGCCCAUCAAACAUCUAAUCUGGACCCUCUGGGAUUGCUGGGAGACCUACACCGUCGCCGUCACAACCUUAAGGACGAUCCCAACAAGUAUUUCAUUCGCACCAAAGCGGGUGCUCUGUGUUUCCGCCAAGGCACAGAGACGGCACCCCCUAAAGAUGAUACAUUGAAAGCGAGACCCACGGUAGUUAGAGUAGGUCAGCGGGGAAUACUGCAGAUGCACAACGAGUCCAAGAAUCAAGGAAAAUCCCUGGAGGAUCAAGGUAAGCAAAAGCGCGGAAGACGGCUGGUAAAGUGCGUCUGUAGGCCGGGUUGGCACGGUCCGUACUGCGGAGUGCCCACCAUGGUCUAUCACUCUAACCUGCCCACCAAGGAAAGACUGACGCCACGCGAGAGACCCCGACGCGUCAUCAACGCCAUCAACGUAAACCAUGAGUUCGACCUGUUACACGUGCGCUUCCGUGAACUUAGCCAGGCCGUGGACCUUUUCCUAGUGUGCGAGUCCAACUUCACGGCGUACGGGGAGAGACGACCGCUGAGGUUCCUCAAUAUGCUGCUCAACGGAACGUACCAUUAUGUUGAGAAAAAGAUCCUCUACGUCUUCCUGGACCACUUUCCCGACGGUGGCCGCCAGGACGGGUGGAUUGCCGACGACUACCUGCGCACGUUCCUCACCCGUGAUGGAAUGUCUCGAGUCGUGGGCUUGCGGUCGGAUGACGUUUUUCUUAUAAAUGAUGCAGAUGAAAUUCCAGCUCAGGAAGGAGUGCUUUUCCUCAAAUUGUUUGACGGCUGGACGGAGCCCUUUGCCAUCCACAUGCGGAAAUCCCUGUACGGAUUCUUCUGGAAGCAACUGGGAUCCCUCGAGGUGGUGUCCGGGUGUACCGUCGGAAUGCUGAGGGACGUCUACGACAACGACGGCAUUCGGUUGCGCAGACGGGAAUACUACACCAUGUCGGGAUUCCGAAAGUACGAGAACGACACCGGCCACAUCUUGGUGCAGUGGUCCGUCGGAAGUCCAUUCCAUUUUGCGGGCUGGCACUGUUCCUGGUGUUUCACGCCCGAGGGGAUUCACUUCAAACUCAUUUCGGCCCAGAAUGGAGAUUUUCCUCGGUGGGGAGAUUACGAGGAUAAACGGGACCUCAACUACAUCCGUGAGCUGAUCCGAACGGGUGGCUGGUUUGACGGCUCCGUACAGGAGUAUCCGCCCUCGGACCCUAAGGAACACAUGUAUGCUCCCAAAUUCCUGCUAGAUAAUUACAAUCGCUACCGUUAUUUGUUGGAGAACCCUUACUCCAAGCCAACAGGACCGUAGUAGAGCGGCGCAAGGAUUUUAUAAAGAUGGUUGACAAUAAAGGAACAAAGCAGUGCUGGAGGAUGAGGAGAUGCCAGCUGACGGCCUUUUACCCUUUGACCCAGACACGGCCAAUGGCAGAACCUUCAUGUCAUUAUCAUUUGCAGAGUUUUACUAGAUGUUUACAUGAAUGGUUUUCUUUUGAAAAACUAUGACAGACUGGGCUCUUGACACUUCUGGUGGUAAUAGUAAAUGACUGUCCGGCUCUUUCUGUGUGAGGAUGUUUGUGUGUUUGUGUGAUCAGAUUGUCAUCUGUCUCUCUUGCUUGCACUUCCGUAUCAAGAACAAAACCCAUCCUACAGUUCCUCAAGACCCCAAAAUAAUCUUUGUCUAUCAUUGUGAGAUCUUCUGAAUACGUUUGUGGACCAGAGAGAGAGAGAGAAAGAGACAUAAUAACCUCAGUCAAAAUAUAAAUAUUAAAGGUGCACUGUGUAGAUUUGUAGUGGUGAGAUUGUGAAUUGCAACCAAUGGCUUAGUGCACAUCUCAUCCAUCCCUUUCGAAGCGCAUAGUGAAGCUACGGUAGCUGUCGCAGGACAAACAUGUCAUCGUCUGAGACAACAUAAUAAUAAAAUGCUCUCUCUAGAAUAGUUUGUCCGUUUAGGGCUACUGUAGAAAGUGACGGUGACUUCCAUGUAAGGAGACCCGUGUGUAUGGAGAUAAAAACACCUCAUUCUAAGGUAAUAAAAACAAGACGGUUCAUAAUGUAAGGUCUUUAUACACCACUCAUAAUAUAUUUAUGUAGAUUAUACUGCAUUUCUGUCAAAAGACUCUUCUUAAAGUUACACAAUGCACCUUUAAUAAUCAAUCGAUACUGAAAAGUUUGCUUGAAAUAAUUGAGUUUAUUGGAUUAUUUUACCCCAUAUUUAUGUGUGUUUAGUAACCUCACACUGAAGAUUAACCCAUUAAAAUGAGUUUGAGUCUGAUGUUAAA